CUUGAUAUUAUUUGCCAAGAGCGUGUCUGGUCACACUGUCGUUUUGCGCGUUGUUGUUUUCUGAGCUCCGUUGCUCGCUGGUACGAAAAUUGUUAAUAUUGCUAGCAAACCGUUGCGAACGCACAGAAGCCGGCGAUUGCAGUGCAAUCCUAAAAAUUGUAAAUAAACAAAACCGAAUUUUUUUAAACAAAUUUUUUUUUGGCCACGAAACCGAAGUGCAAAUACAAAAAAAAAAAAUCAAAACCAGAAUCAGAAACAGAAACAACAACGAAAGUGCGAGUGUGUUUGUGAGGAAAGGCUGUAAUCCCAACUGGAAUGGUAAUUAGCGGGCGACGUAGCGUGCAGAAGAAUUAAGAUUAAAAAUAAUAAGUAAUAGUCUUUAAAGAAGAAAAAAAAGGUUUUAAAGAAAGUGUCACUGUCGCACACACGCCUACACAUACAGACGCCGAAUAACACUCAUACACACACAUACACAUACACCCAAAGGCGGCGAAGGAGCGCGGCAAAAAAAAAAGACAAGAACGAAAAAAGUCGGAAAGAAGAGAAUAAAGUAACUGAGAAAACGACGACACAGUGAAAUUAAUAAUAAACGCAUAAUUUAUUUAAAAUAAUAACCAAUCAAACAAUCAGCCGCGCGCGGUUAUAAGAGAUAAUUAAGAAAGUUAAGAGAAGAGAAGCACACAAUACAACUGUAAAAAGAUGGCAGCGCUGAACAAAUUCACCAAAACACUGUCCAUUGAUGAAAAGGCCGAGAUCAAGGAGAAAUUUACAGAGUUGGACGCCAACAAGGAUGGCUUCAUCGACCUGCACGAGCUGAAGGACGCCCUCAACCAGGUGGGCUUCAAGCUGGCCGGGUACCAGGUGCGCGAGAUGAUCGACGAGUUCAAGAGCAAACAGCGCACCGCCCACCAGGGCAAGCUCAACCUGGAGGAGUUCGAGACGCUCUGCCUCGACCUGAAGAGCAAGGACGUGGCCAGCACCUUCAAGACGGUCGUCUCCAAGAAGGAGAACCUGGAGACGCUCGGCGGCAUGUCCAGCAUCUCCUCGGAGGGCACCACCCACUCCGUUCGCCUCGAGGAGCAGCUGGCCUUCUCCGACUGGAUCAACUCCAACCUGGGCCACGACAAGGACCUGCAGCACCUCCUGCCCAUCGAUGGAGAGGGCAAGCGCCUGUACCAGAGCAUCAAGGACGGCAUCCUGCUGUGCAAGAUCAUCAACCACUCCUGCCCGGACACGAUCGACGAGCGGGCGAUCAACAAGAAGAACCUCACCGUCUACCGGGAGUUUGAGAAUUUGACCCUCGCCCUGGUCUCCUCCCAGGCCAUCGGCUGCAACAUCGUCAACAUCGACGCCCACGACCUGGCCAAGGGCAAGCCCCACCUGGUCCUGGGCCUGCUCUGGCAGAUCAUCCGCAUCGGUCUCUUCAGCCACAUCACCCUGGACAGCUGCCCGGGCCUGGCCGGCCUCCUCUUCGACAACGAGCGGCUGGAGGACCUCAUGAAGAUGUCCCCGGAGGCCAUCCUCCUGCGCUGGGUCAACCACCACCUGGAGCGGGCCGGCAUCUCGCGGCGAUGCACCAACUUCCAGUCGGACAUCGUGGACUCGGAGAUCUACUCGCAUCUGCUGAAGCAGAUAGCCGGCAACGAUGCCGACGUCAAUCUGGACGCCCUCCGGGAGUCGGACCUGCAGAGCCGGGCGGAGAUCAUGCUCCAGCAGGCGGCCAAGCUGAACUGCCGCAGCUUCCUCACGCCCCAGGACGUGGUCAACGGGGUCUACAAGCUGAAUCUGGCCUUUGUGGCCAAUCUGUUCAACAACCAUCCCGGCCUGGACAAGCCGGAGCAGAUCGAGGGCCUGGAGUCCAUUGAGGAGACGCGCGAGGAGAAGACCUACCGCAACUGGAUGAACUCGAUGGGCGUGUCGCCGCACGUGAACUGGCUGUACUCGGACCUCGCCGACGGCCUCGUCAUCUUCCAGCUCUUCGACGUCAUCAAGCCCGGCAUCGUCAACUGGAACAAGGUCCACAAGCGCUUCACUCCGCUGCGCAAGUUCAUGGAGAAGCUGGAGAACUGCAACUAUGCGGUGGAUCUCGGCAAGCAGCUCAAGUUCUCGUUGGUGGGCAUUGCUGGCCAGGAUCUGAAUGACGGCAAUGCCACCCUGACAUUGGCUCUCAUCUGGCAGCUGAUGCGGGCUUAUACCCUGUCCAUCCUCUCCCGACUGGCCAACACCGGCAACCCCAUCAUCGAGAAGGAGAUCGUCCAGUGGGUUAACAACCGACUGGCGGAGGCCGGCAAGCAGUCCCAGCUGCGCAACUUUAACGACCCGGCCAUUGCCGAUGGCAAGAUCGUGAUCGACCUGAUCGAUGCCAUCAAGGAGGGCAGCAUCAACUACGAGCUGGUCCGCACCAGCGGUACCCAGGAGGACAACCUGGCCAAUGCCAAGUACGCCAUCUCCAUGGCCCGCAAGAUCGGCGCCCGCGUCUACGCCCUGCCCGAGGACAUCACCGAGGUCAAGCCCAAGAUGGUGAUGACCGUCUUCGCCUGCAUGAUGGCCCUGGACUACGUGCCCAACAUGGACAGUGUCGACCAGAACAACCACAACAGUGCGACGGUGGCCCCGGUGGCACCCGUGGCGGUCGUCAGCAACAGUAAUUAGUUGCAACAACAACAACAACAACAAGAAACCACCCAAAACCACCCACAACUCAACUAGAAGAAGCAGACAGACAGUGGAAGAAGGGAUUGUGGAUGCGGAGAGCAUGUGGACACAUGGAGGUACACCUCCUCCUCCUACCUACCUAUUCGUAUUCCCCAUUCUACUCGUAUCUCUCUUACGAGAAAGUACUUCUACAACUCCUCCUCCUCCUUCUCCCCUUUUCUUACUUUCCUUUUUUUUUUUGUAAGUUCAAUUACAACUACUUUUUUGUAAUGUUUUUUUUUAUUAUAUAUUUAACAUAUAUAUAUAUAUAGAGAGAGAGAGAGAGAAAGCGCUCUUCGUUUUGUAAUUUGUAAUUAGGUCGAGCAUUUUUUUAGAGUGUCGGCCGAAGGGGGGAGGAGUGUUUCCCGACUAGAGUUUCGUUCAACAAGUGUUUACGUGCAACCUUAUUUUAUAAAUAGAGGUUUUCCUUGCUUUCUUCCGCUUUCUUCUUAAAUUUAAAUACAAAUCCCCAAAAAACAAAAAAAAAAAUCACGACAAUGGAACAAAAAAUGCAAAAAAAAACAGAAGCGAUAGCUCUAAAUGGACAGGAAUUGUGCAAGAAUGUGCAAGAUUGUGCAGGAUUGUGCAAGAAUGAGCAGAAAUGUGCAAGAAUGUGCAAAUAAACACAAGAUUGUGCAAGAUUGUGUAAAAAAUGUGCAAGAAUGUGCAGGAUUGUGCAAAAAAUAAGCAAGAAUGUGCAAAAAUGCGCAAGAUUGUUCAUGUUUGUUCAUGAUUUUACAAGAUUGAGCAAAAUUGUGCAAGAAUGUGCAUGUUUGUGAAAAAAUGUGCAAAAAUGCGCAUGUUUGUGCAUGUCUGUGCAAGAGAAACGAUUGUAAUAUUCACACUGAGACAAAAACAAUUAACUUUGUAAUAUAUAUACAUAUAUAUUUAUAUACGAUACGAUAUGCGCCUAUACACCUAACACACACACACACAUACAUACAUAUAUAUAUUUAUAUAUAUAUAUAUAUAUAUAUUUAUACACUGAUAUAUAUUUUUGCAUAAAUGAGUUGCCUAAGAGAGUCGAGAGUAAAGUAAUAACGGGGAUUCCCUUUAAAAAAAAAAUCUAAAAAAAAAAAGCAACACUUUUGUAUUUAAUUAUUUUUUUUUUUUUUAUAUGGCAAUUAAUUGUAAGCAAGCUUGUUCAUGUUUUUUUCUGCGUGUGUGUUUUUGUUCUAUUCCUUUAUACAUAUUAUAUAUUUUUUGUUUAACUUUGCGUUUAAGAGGGUUAGAGCGAGAGGCCAAACGAGAUAUGGACGGCAAUUAGAAAGAGAGAGAGAGAGAGAGAGAGCAUCAUGCCAGACAUGACCGAGAAGGAGAAGGCAACACGUUUUUUUAGUGCAAUGAGGCGACAUAUUUAAAAAGCAACAAAUUACAAAUUAAAACUUAAAAAUUACAAAUUAAAAACUAAAACUAAAUAAUAUUAAAACGGAAAUGCAAAACAGACAACAACAAAUCGAGGAAAAGAGACAAGAAAACGAUAAAGUACUACUAUAUGCAUAAUAAAAAUAAAACAAUAAAGUAAAUCUACAAAAAAAAUACUAAAAA